AUGUCAGCUACGAGGAUGAACGAGAACCCCGAUCCCAUGUCUAAGAGGUCUGGAUUUGAUGGCGACGAUUAUGAUCGUGACAUGGUUCGUCUGAUCAGACUACACAACAACUGGGAACCUACUAAAGUCCCUCGAAACCCUCAAGUUCCUGAAAUUCCUGAAGUCCCUCGAGUCAGGAAGAUAUUUUGCGCGUCCUGCCGCGAAAGAUUUCCACUUCCUGAAAUCUUCAUAGCAAUCUGUGACCAUGGGUAUUGCCGAACGUGUUUAGCUGAGCUCGUGGAAAGGUCGUUCGAGAACAAGUAUCCCUUCCCACCGCGUUGCUGUUCCAAGCCAUUUGCGAUCGACUCAAUCCGACCUUUCGUUGCCAGCGAUAUGGAACGGGCAUACGCGAGGAAGCAGAUUGAACAUGAGACACACAAUCCCAUAUAUUGCAGCAAUAUCACGUGUCAAACCUUCAUCCCGCCCCGCGCCAUCAAGUCGGAUGUAGUUCACUGCCCAGUAUGCGUGGAGCGAACUUGUGCGAAAUGCAAGAAUACAGCACACCAAGGCCCUUGUCCCAAGGAUGAAGCGCUGGAUGAGGUUCUGCACCUUGCAGAAAGAGAGGGCUGGAGGCGCUGCCCCAAGUGUAUGUCCAUGAUUGAGCGGGAAUCGGGUUGCAACCACAUGAUGUGCCGAUGCUAUUAUGAGUUUUGCUUUCGCUGCGGAAGGAAAUGGCCAGGUCAUAAUCGUCCGUGUUGCCCUGAGGGAAUCUACCUUGAAGAUAUCACUGCGCUGGCUCUCGAUAUUGCUAGGGCGGCUUGCGAUAUCGCUGUAAGGGUUGUGAAGAACGCUCUAAUCAAAGGGCCGCCUUGCUUGGAUAGACUGUGGAUUCCACUUCGAAGACUGAUUGACAAGAUCAGAGUUCGUGAUGAUGAGUUAUUAUAG